UAUUAAGUGAAGGCUGAUUAAUUAACACAAUCCAGUAGUAGUAGUCUUUCCUCUCGCUGUCUUUCUCCAUUUACAAGAAGGAAGAGAUAGAAAGAGAAACAACUGUUGACAUCAUUUAAAUCUCACUAAAUCUAUACAUUGCAUUUGGAUCCUGAGGAUUGUGGAUGCGUUUGUGAGAGAGAGAAUCAUCAGAUCGGAGAUGUCGGAUGUUUCAGCCGACGGAGGUUACUCGGAGACGCCUUAUCCGUCGCUGACGGUGUCGGCGUCGGCGUCGGCGUCUUACAAAGAGAGUAGCGGAGGAGGAGGAGGAGGGAAAAGCUCGUCAAGGAGGAGACCGGUUCGGCCCAGCUUCGACGCCUCCGCAGCCGCCGACAAUGAGUUCAUCACUCUGCUCCACGGCUCGGAUCCGGUGAAGCUGGAGCUUAAUCGCCUUGAGAACGAAGUCAGAGAUAAGGAUCGAGAAUUGGGCGAAGCGCACGCUGAGAUCAGAGCGUUGAGGUUAUCUGAGAGGCAGAGAGAGAAAGCUGUUGAAGAGCUUACUGAUGAGCUUACUAAGUUGGAGGAGAAGCUCAAGUUAACUGAAUCUCUUCUCCAAGGCAAAAAUCUAGAAAUAAGGAAGAUCAAUGAGGAGAAGAAGGCCUCCAUGGCUGCUCAGUUUGCUGCUGAAGCCACCUUAAGAAGAGUCCACGCUGCUCAAAAAGAUGAUGACAUGCCUCCUAUUGAAGCCAUUCUAGCCCCUUUAGAAGCUGAACUUAAGCUUGCACGCUCUGAGAUUGGGAAGCUUCAAGAAGAUAACAGAGCCUUGGACCGUCUCACUAAAUCAAAAGAAGCGGCUUUACUUGAUGCUGAGAGGACUGUUCAAACUGCCAUGGCAAAAGCUGCCUUAGUUGAUGAUCUUCAGAAUAAGAACCAAGAGUUGAUGAAACAAAUUGAAAUCUGUCAGGAAGAAAACAAAAUUCUAGACAAAAUGCACAGGCAAAAGGUUGCUGAGGUGGAAAAGCUAACUCAGACUGUACGAGAGCUGGAAGAGGCUGUUCUUUCUGGUGGCGCUGCUGCUAAUGCCGUGAGGGAUUACCAGCGGAAGUUUCAAGAGAUGAAUGAAGAACGAAAAACUCUUGACCGGGAACUUGCGCGUGCAAAGGUUACAGCAAACCGAGUUGCGACGGUGGUUGCAAAUGAAUGGAAGGAUGGUAAUGAUAAAGUGAUGCCUGUGAAGCAAUGGCUUGAAGAAAGAAGGUUUCUACAGGGAGAAAUGCAGCAGCUACGUGACAAGCUUGCUAUCUCAGACCGAGCUGCUAAAUCUGAAGCACAACUAAAAGACAAGUUUCAACUACGGCUUAAAGUGCUUGAAGAGACGCUGAGAGGCACCUCAAGGAACACAACUGAGGGAAGAAGCAUGAGUAAUGGACCCUCUCGCAGGCAGUCACUCGGUGGAUCAGACAAUCUACAAAAGUUCGCAUCAAAUGGCUUUUUGCCAAAGAAAUCUCCAUCUUCUCAGAUGAGGAAUGCCUUUACUUCUAACUCCUCCUCGGUGUUGAAGAACGCUAAAGGAACAUCUAGGUCAUUUGAUGGAGGUACAAGAUCAUUGGACAGAGGCAAAUCACUCCUAAACGGACCUGGUAAAUAUUCAUUCAACAAGGCUUGUGAUGAAGCGAAAGAAUCAGAGUCGCCUAGUGCCUGGAAAGAAGAUUCAGAGGAGAAGACAACAAGUGAACUCCCUCCGCCAACAACUGAAGACAACGUCCCUGGGGUUUUGUAUGAUUUGCUUCAGAAGGAAGUAGUUGCCUUGAGAAAAUCUUCACAUGAAAAGGAUCAAAGCCUCAAAGACAAGGAUGAUGCCAUAGAGAUGUUAGCAAAAAAGGUUGAAACGUUAACAAAAGCAAUGGAGGUUGAAGCAAAGAAGAUGAGAAGGGAAGUAGCUGCAAUGGAGAAAGAGGUUGCUGCUAUGCGUGUGGAUAAAGAUCAGGAUAACAGAACUAAACGAACUUCAAGCACUAAGAACUCAUCCAACACCGCCCAGAUUCUUGCUGGAAGAGCUGCUGGACGAAGUGGGUUAACGAGGAGCACACAAUGAGAUAUGAUUGAAGUGAUUGGUUCUCGUGGACGUAUCAGUUUAUAGGCUGGUGUGCUCCUUUUUUAACCUUAUGUCUUCUUAUUUCACUUGCUUUCUUUACAUCCUCUUGUGAUUUAUUGAGCUACCAUAAAACUGAUGAGAAUGCUAUCUAUGGUACCAAAAGAGAAAAAGAGAGAGAGAGAGAGAGAGAGAGAGAGAGAGAGAGAGAGAGAUGAGUAUGCUUUCUGACUUAGAUCAGCUUACACUACUUAGCGAUGAGGGGGAGGAGAGAUGUUUGACAUUUUGGUAUCACAUUUUCUGUCCUGCAGAAAUAGUUUGCCUGGGCUGUAUAGGUUUAUUAGCUUUGUAUUUGGAGCUCGUGUACUUACACUUGUUCGGUUUGUUCUUCAAUUUACUUGAGGUGUUGUGUGAUUAUUUCUAGUUUUGAUUUUGUUGUUA